UAUGACGUCACCGUAAUGGCAGCCACAGGAUAUAUGAGGAGUUCGGUAUGUGAGUGUUAUGGCUAAAGUGGAUUAUAAUAAGUUCUGUAAUUAUCCAUGUCACCUUACUGGUGUAUGUGGACCACAGUUUUAUUAUUAUUAUUAUGGAUAAACCUAUUACAAAUAAAGAAAGCCAACCUCCUAUGGUAGAGGUAUUGGCAUCAAUUGAAAGUGGUUUAGAAAGAGGAUUAAGAGUUGGUAAUAAACAAGUAAAACGAGCUGCCUAUUCUAAUUUACAGCGGCGGAAUGAAUUAAAAGUUAAAAUAGAUUUUAAUGGAGAAAGAAGAGCGAUUUCUAUAAGUCGUCCAGCAGACUUUGAUGAACUGCGGAGAAAAAUAAAAGACAUGUACCAAAUUGACCUCAAUAUUUUUUAUACCCAAAGUAAUGGAGAGAUUUAUGUACCUUUAACUUGCCAAAAGGAUGUAGAGAGUGCUGUACAACUGGUUGAUCAGAAUGAAAAUACUAGUAGUCUUCGUCUUUAUUUAACACAACCAGCCAUUACAGAAAAUUCUUCAUCUCGUUCUGUUGCAACGCGUCAUUCACCCAGUCCGCCUCCUGGUUACAUCCCGACACACGAUAAACAUUUCCAUAGUAGUCCUUUUAAUUCCCCUACUAUAGGGGAAGGGGGACAAUUUAUACCGGAACCUUACCUAGAAGGGAAUCUCCAGCGUCCACCAAGUCAUAAUGGUUCAGUAAAUAGUUUAUCUUCCAUCGAUAGUAGUUAUAUCAGCGGACACAGUAAUGAAACAUAUCCAUUGAGAAGACGUGAUUCACGGAGAAGUGUUUUAUCAGAUAGUGCCAAAGAUGAAGCAGGAAAAAAACCUUUUGGAACGUUUCCACGUGGAAUGGAAUCUAUUGCUCAUACAUCAUCUGUGGAGGGUCGUCAGACUUUCCCCCGCUCAACUUUCCGUCGUCCCGAUUCUGACACAACGUCUUUGUCCUCUCUGAUGUCGCGUGGUAGCGAGGGUACCCUUAGUAACUGUAGCAGCAGUAGUAGUGGAUUAUACACAGAUCCUGAUAUGGAUUCUCCUGGCGGACAUCUCAAGAAGCGGAACAGUGAUAUCGAGAGUCCGACUAUGUAUAGCUUGUCUGGUCCACACUUCUCUAAAUCUCCGCGUACACCAAGUAAUUGGAAGAAAGGUCAGUUAUUAGGUAUGGGUGCGUUUGGUGAGGUAUAUAAAUGUUAUGACAUGGAUACAGGUCAUGAAUACGCUGUUAAAAUGGUUCAACUCGGUAAUCUUAAUGCUGAAACCUCCAAGGAAGUACGAGCCUUAGAGAAUGAAUUACAUCUGCUGAAGAAUUUUCAAGAUGAGAGAAUAGUUCAAUAUUAUGGAUGUCAGAAUGAAGAUAAAGUAUUAUCAAUAUUUAUAGAAUAUAUGCCUGGGGGUUCAGUAAAAGAUUUAAUCAAUGAAAUUGGUAGUAUUCAGGAACCAAUUGUUAAAAAGUAUUCGAGACAGAUGUUACUAGGUUUAUCGUAUCUUCAUAAAAACGUCAUUGUACAUCGCGAUAUUAAAGCUGCUAAUGUUUUAAGAGAUACUCAAGGCAAUAUAAAACUGGGAGAUUUUGGUGCCUCUAAACGACUUCAGACAAUUCGUAGUGCUACUGGCUUAAAGACAGCUGUAGGAACACCACACUGGAUGGCACCUGAAGUCAUCAAUGGUGAAGGUUAUGGUCGUAAAGCUGAUAUCUGGAGUGUUGGCUGUACGAUUGUUGAGAUGUUUUCUUCUAAACCUCCGUUCCAUGAAUAUGAACCUUUUGCUGCAAUGUUUCAAAUAGCAACAUGUAAACAUCCAAAAUACGAACUACCAAAAAAUGUGACCAGUUUGGCCAAGGAAUUUUUAGCACAUGCAUUUCAAAGAACUCAAGCUGAUCGUCCGUCUGCCGAUGAUCUGCUAAAACAUAGAUUUGUACACGACGGAACAUAGUGAUUAUGAUAUUGUGCAUAGAAAUGCCAAGACUUUUUGCAAAAUCAAUGGAAAAUCCAAAAAACCUUGAAACAAACAUAAUGUUUAAAUGUAAACAUGAGUUUUAUAUGCAGACAUUCUCUGUACAAUACACAUGUGUAAUCUGACUGUUUGUGUUGGAGAGUAGUGUUUUUCGUCUAUUAUAAUAGGAGAUACACCAAGUUCAGUGUCAAGAUUGUGUCAGUAUCCAGAGAAGGGAGACGACUCUAGUUAAAGCUUUGUGGAAUUCAAGUACAGCUUGAGACGGAACGAAUUCAGGAGUUAGAGUCAGUGAAGAAGGAUAGUUUAUCGUUAAAGUGUUAUCUGUGUUAUGAUUGAUCAAACAUAGCGUGCUUAACAAAUGGCAACCAAUAGGAAUUCUUCUUGAAUACUUGUUUUCUAACUUGUUCGCAGAAAGGAUUAAGCAGAUUCUCGGAUAACAUAAAAACAAUGAAUUACAUUUGAACACAAGAUCAAAUGAGCUGAGAGUGUGCCAAAGCUUUCCCGUGUUGUUUUAUUCUUAUUUUUUUUGCUGUGAAGGAAAUCAAAAGGCUGGAUGAACAGACAUCUCAUUUGUUUUAAUUUAAAACUAAUAAUAGUGCUGAAUAUUGUUAUGAAUUUUUUUUCUGUUUUUGUUUUUAUAUUUACUGGAUGAAUUAUAACCAUGCUAUUGUGAUUAUAUAUAUUAUAAAGUUAACUUGCUGAAAAAGUGCUAGAGACAGUUUUAAAUACUGAAAAUAGUAUAGACAAUGAAUAUUUGUAAAUAUAUAUAAUUCUUUUUAUCAUGCACGCCUUUAUCACACCCUCCUCCUACACACCCUUACUGCAUAGUACCAGUAUAUAAAAUUGUCUGCGGAUGUUAAAUAAAGCUAUUUCACACAUUAUAAAGUAAAAAAAAUAUCUGGGUGCAUAAUCAUUUUAAAAUUAGACCAUUAUUAUAUGUCUGCGAUAUCACUUCGGUGGAAGCGGAUGUUAAAUAAAGCUAUUUCACACAUUAUAAAGUAAAAAAAAAAAUCUGGGUGCAUAAUCAUUUUAAAAUUAGACCAUUAUUAUGUGGUCAUUUAAAUAGAUUAUAAAGUGUUAACAAUAACAUCAUUAAAACCACUGAUCAUUAUUGACAUUUUUUGGACAAAACCUCAUUUAUCAUGGCUUAAUCCCCACUAUAAUGUACUCCGAUUAAUCAUAUAACAACUAUAAUGUACUCCGAUUGAUCAUAUAACAACUAUAAUGUACUCCAAUUGAUCAUAUAACAACUAUAAUGUACUUAGAUUGAUCAUAUAACAACAUCUGAUUAAGAAAACAAAACCAACAGAUUAAACCCAACACUUAAUAGUUCUUGCUGGCUUCUUUAUAAUGUCUACAAAAUUGUGUGAAAUUUUCAAUUUAUCAUGUAUUUGUAAAUGGUGAACUGGUAUUGGUUUUUUAGAGAUUCAGCUGAAGCCAUAUUGUAGUUUACAAGGUAUAAGUAUAUAUGCAUUUUAUGGGUCAAACUGAACGAGAAUUCUCAAAUGAGUGGAAUACACAACAGAUAUUUACCUCAGUUUUAAUUUUUCUAUGUGUAAUUUACGAUAGAACUACUUCUUGAACUUAAACCCUAGUAUUGGACCAAUCUGAUUGAAACACAGAUCCUAUUUCGUUUCAUUUUAUAUAAUUCAAAAUUGUCUUUACUACACUAUGAUCUGGAAGAAUUGUUAUAUUACCGGCGUUCUGGUUGAGUGAGGGAUUAGCCAAUGAAACGGUCUGUUAGUACGGCGAGUUCUUGGCCAAUGCAUGGAAUGGUGGGUAAACCACUAGAAACUUCAACGCUGAUUAAUUGAUCAAAAGCCACUCGUAUGACCUCUGACUUGACCUUCCACCGCAACCGGUCAGAUCUUCAUGUAAUGGGUGGCCAUCGAAAGUAUAAAAAAACGAAACGAAAUAUAGAUGUGUAUUUUAAUCAGAUUGGUAUUGGACAGAUAGUGGAAAGAAGGAUUUGAUCUCUCCUUCAAUGGAAAGGUAGUAUUAAGUUUGAGAAGAAGAUACUGGUAAUAGUUAGCUAGGCAAUGUUACAGGAAUGAUUAAUAUUGUAGGUAAAAUGAUGUAUUCUUUGAGGCCAGUUUUAAUACAGCAUAAUAAUGAAAUAUUUACAUUGUAUACAUAUAGAUGAAUACUAGAUCAAACAGUUACUUUUUAAAAGGACACAAUAGACUUCAGGGACAUUCAAAUUCUCGUAUAAACCUAACAUUUUACCCUGUUUUGAAAUGUUUGUACUGUUUAAUGUCAAAUUUAUAUUUUGCUACUAUAGAAUUUUAAAUAUUUAUGCAUAAUUUGAGUUGCGUAUUUACCACCAAUACAAAUGAUACAUUUCCUGAUGCAAUAGAAAAUAAAUAAUGUUUUCCUUCAUAGUAGAUUGGUAAUGCAAUGUAAAUGGGCGAUAUUUUCAAACGUCCAUUAAAACAAUAAAAUAAUCAACAGUAAUUGACAAUAAUAGAUUAGGAUGAUAAUAUCAUGGUCUCGUUCGUGUUAUGAUUUGUUUAAAUUACAACAAGCCACCAAAUGUAGUUUAAUUAUGCAAGGAAAUUUAUAUAUUUAAAAGUAUUUGAAAAUAAAAACAUGUUUUUGUUUUAAUCAAGAACCAUUUGUGGAUGAUAUUGAAAUAUUGGGGUACACAUUAUAACUGACUAUAAUAAUGUAGUCCGUCCAUUUUCUCUUUAGUUUAUAAUUAUGUGAUCAUAGGUCUAUGCAAAUAUACGGUGAAACCUAGCAUAAAUGAUGACUUGAUUAUUCUAUUGAAUAUCACUACUGUUGCCUUAGAUAUAAAUUAGACUUCAAGAAUUCUUUAGAAUACAUGUAUCUUAUAAAUAAUAAGAUUUCAUUGAAAUGAAUAAUACCCAAUUUUUCAUUCUGAAAAAAAAAAAAAAUUUUUGAAUUAUCCCGUUGGUCUCUUUAUAGUCUCUGGCCGUCAAUUGCAAUUUUGGGGGGAAUCCAGGCUAAUAUGUUCUCAGAUUGAUUAUUUAACAUUUAAUUAAUAAAAAAAAACCCUACAAAAUCAAGAUAUUAAUGGUAGAUAACCUCCCGGCUUGUAUUUAGUCUGGUUAAAAAGAGACCUGUCCAAAGAUUUUAGAGAAGAUUACAGGGGGUGCUGACUUUUCAUUCACCAUAUCUUCUUCAGACGAUAUUGAAUGUUGACAAAUUUUUAAUUCAUUAUUUCUUUGUGAAAACUGAAUGGAUUUGAAUCAUUUUUUGGGAUUCUAACUUCUUGACAAUAUUGUAGUUUGCAAUUACGUUCAGAUACUUUUAAGUUUCUUUUAUAACAAAUCCUGCCAACAACAUUUAUAUGCAUGUAGGCCUGUAUAUAUAUAUGAGAAACUAUUGUAUAAUGUUAUCCUUCCUAAAUGUCACAUCAUUGAAAAUAAUUUGAGUAAAUUAACAAAUAACAAAUUUAUAGUUUAUUAGAGAGAUAAUAGGAUAUCUAUUUUGGUGAUUUUAUUGUUUUGUUAAUGAGAGUUAUGUAUUAUUUAAGAUAUGGUGUAUACGGAUAUAAUCAUGGUUUCACGUGGGCCCAGUUAUUACAUGUUCCUUGGUAAAAAUACAGCUUUCAUUGCCUUAAUUAAAUUAGAGAUAAAUCGAUAUUUGAUGAACUGUCAAGUUGUAUCAUGUGAUAUGAAGUGUUAAAUUAUUUUGAUAUAGGCUGGUAUUGCAACACAAAAGAUAUAGUUGCUUUGUUUUAUCCAUAUUUUUGGGGCAUUAAUACAACAGUUAUAGCUCCAUUCUUACUAAGGGUAUGUAAGUAGUGGACCAUGGGAGAGACCUAAAAUCCUUAAAUAAAUCAAUGGUACUUCAACAUCACAUAUUCUAUGAGAAAUUCUUGACUGUUUAGUUUAAUGAACAUACUUGUAAUUGGACCUGAAGGUAAAAACCCUAUAGCAUAAUAUGAUAUACAUAUAUUUAUGUUUCAUGUUUAUACAGUUUUUUCGGUUUAUUUACUCAACUUUCUAUUUUAUUUGUCAUGAAAUUUAACCAGUCCUGAAAUAGUAAUAUUAAUACAAUGGAAAAAUUGUCUGGCUAACCCAGACUACUCUGCAAUUCCUCACUCUAUUCUACACUUGUUUCCUUUGUCAUGUUUGGAGUGUUGGUGUAAAAUUCAUUGGUAAAAAGAGAGUUAAUGAAUAUUCAUCUGAUUGAUAGCUACAUGUAGUAAUAGAAUGUGAUGGUAUAUUAAGUACUGAAUUAAAUCAUGCAUCUCUGUAGACAGAAGAAACCUAGUUGCCUUGUAUAUAGUUUAUUAUUGUAUAUACACCGUAAGCUUAUUGUCUUUUAUUUUCUAUUAAAAGUUUUUUUGUAUAUAGUAUAACGUUUAAACUGUAACAUAGUGUUUUAUAUAAUAUAUAUAUUAUAUUACAGAUAUAUUUACUUAUAUUAUUGCUGCAUAAUGAGCCUUAUUCACAGAAAAAUCAUGGUCUUAGAUUCCUCCAGAAUUUAUUCACAGUAAAAUUAUAACCUUGAUUCUUCCAGAAUUUAUUGACAGAAAAAUCAGUCUAGAUUUCUCCAGAAUUAAUUCACAGAGAAUCAUAGUCUUGAUUCCUCCAGAAUUCAUUCACAGAAAAUCGUAGUCUUGAUUCCUCCAGAAUUCAUUCACAGAAAAGUCAUAGCCUCCAGUACAAAUGGUCCCUGCUUCCACUACUGUGAAUAUUAUUUGUAUAGAUGGCAUGAAAUGUCCAGUUCCACCAAUUAAAAGUGCAUUUCGCAUACUUCAUGAAAGGCAAAGACCUGUUUUCAUUGGCCCAGUUAGUGCAGAAAAGUAGGAUGUUAAACCCAUUUUUUCUCCCCACCAGUCAUACGAAAAUAGCUAGUGCACACUGUUUUGUUCGGACCAAUAUUUGUUGUAGUUGAAGCAGAGACUUUUCGGCUGGAGAAAUAGAAAAAUCACAUAAAACAAUCCAAAUAUUAUUAUAUGACUUAUUUAUUAUUGUGAUAUCCACUAAAGACUGCAGAUAAUAAUUAAUUUUAUAAUGGUAAAAAAAAAAAAAUGGUGACAAUUGUUUAACACCACAUUGUAUCAAGUAUAGGCUUCAUUAAGCAACAUGUAAGGAAAUUUUUGUGUUCAGCCCAAAUAAUGCUAGAUCAAUUGAAUGACAACCUUAUGCUAAUAAUAGAAGCUUAUUUUUCCAAAUUAUACAUAUUUAUUUUAUUGUUAUAUUAUUUAUGUGUCAUAGAUUUCAGUGGGUUUUUUCUUUUUUGUGAAUAAGGCUCCAGUGGCCUUAAUCAAGACAAUUUUAAUUGAAAUAAUUUAAGAAUGCUAUCUUUCAUUGGAUGUUUACUAACAUCUUAGAAAUUAUUUUAGCUCUCAGCCAAUGAAAAGGCUGCAUUCUUAAAAUAUUUUAGUUUAAAUUUUCAUGACUAAGGCUCCAUUGAUAAUAAUGACAAUUUUACCGGUUCAAUAUAAGGCUGUGCCUUUUCCUUUAUUGUAUAACUUUUAUGUUAGUUAUGUGAUUAUAGGGUCAAAAAGUCAAGUGUAAAGUUGACCUCUUUAUUAUGAAUAAAUUAUGUUCUUAUUAAAAGGUCUUAUCAUAAUAUUAUGAGGAUCUUUUGUCUCUUUUUGAGUAUGUAAUAUUUUAACACUGUCUAUUUUUCUGGGGUUUUUUUUUUCUUUAAAUGCACCAAUUAUAGCUAUUUAGGUCAAACCAAUUUAUUUUUCAGUUUUUCGGGAUUUUGACAAAAUUUAUAGUCUCGCGUUUUGUUUUUCUUUAAAAUUUCAAACAUAAAAUUCUGGAGCUAACAGCUUUGGAGAAGAGAAACUAAGUAGGCAUAUCUGUUUGUUGUUUUUUUCCAUAAAUUUCUCAAAGAAACAAAAUAUAGUGUUUUAAUAGGUGCACUUGAAGAACUAAAAUACAAAUUGUUUUGUUUUUUUAACAGACAUCCAUGACAAAUAAAAGAAUGAAAUUAGACGAUAUAUCUGUAAUUAAUGCAACACAGUUAUUAUAAACAAAACAGGAUAUCCUUUUGAUUAAAGACCAUGUAAAACAUGUUGAAUUUUAAUUUUAAAGAGAUAUUAUCACUCUUAAGGAAAUAUUGAAAAUUCGAAUUAGUGAAAUAUUGAGAAUGAAGUUAUUUAUAUUGAGCAUUUGCAAGACUCUUUAAAAAUGCAAAGAAAAUUUUAAGUUAAAACGGCUGUAUCUCUGUGAUUGAUUGACACUAAAUGUUAAUAAUACUUCACAAUUAAUUCAACCAAGGAAAUUAAGAUUUCAUUUUCUGAAGGGAUCUUUUUAGAAAUAUUCACCUAGACCCCCCUAGACAUGACUAGAGUAGAAUAAAUAGCAAGGUUUACCUGUGCAUGCAAUUUCUACAGAAAAUUAGUGAAAAGCAGACCAUUUUGGCUUACAAAUAUACAAUUGCUUAUCCUAGCCUGUCUUCUAUCUCAAUCAACUAGACACUCAUAACCAGUCAUGGGGUUUAAAAUACAACAAAUUUAAAGAGUGAUCCCAAACAGAAAAUAAGUCCUGUUAGAGAAUUUUCACUUAUGAUUCUCAAACUAGCUUUUACCUGUCUUCAUUUGUUCAAUAUUAGCGGUUCAAAAACCAACAUUUCGGUCCCUUUAUUUUCUGAUUGUUUACUCCACUUCAUCUUUGUCUAAAGACAUUUCAAUACAGGGUGUACUCGACAACAGAUCAGUAACAUAAAAAUAUCUGUGAUACAGAUGCAAAGGUCAAGGGUACUUUUAUGCUGUCUUUAACAGGCUCAUAUCCACUUGUCUUAAACAUGUUGAUGGGGUGACCAAUCAAAUAAACGGAAUGAAUUCCCCUGAUUUUAAUGUUUCUAGACAUGCUUAGACCCUUCUUCCACAAAUCUUCAGUAAAAAACACCAUUUGUUUUCAGUUUUAAUCCAUUAUGCUACAAUUUAUGAGAUAUUUUGUCUCGUUUUUUUGUCUUGUAUAGAGUUUAGUACAGCACUCAAAAACUCGACUUCUUGUGCUUAGAUCUUUUUUAUUGCACAAUAAUUAGAAUUUAAUAUUAAUUGAACGGAUGCAUAAUGUAAAUCAGCAUUUGAAUAGAUUGUAUAUUUAUUAAUUAUCGAAGCUAAUUAAGUAAUUAAUAUAAAUAGAAUACCACCAGUUCUUAUUUAACUUUCUUUAUAUAAUAUAUAUAUAUAUAUAUCAUACCUCAUUUCUUUAUAAAUCAUUUUUAUCAAAGUCAGAAUCAAAUUGGAAAUAAACAUUGAAGAUACCAAA